AAAUUCAAUUCGAACAGACAAAAUGACGCUGGUCACUUUUCCGGUUUCGAUCGCUCUUUCAGUAAGGCAAGAUGGCUGAUCAGACUGAGCGUUCGUUUCAAAAACAACCCACGAUCUUUCUUAACCGCAAGAAAGGUCUGGGCCCCAAAAGAAGGAAGCCUAUGAGAUAUAGCCGAAAUGUCGGUCUUGGGUUCAAAACACCUCGUGAGGCUUUGGAGGGAACAUACAUUGACAAGAAAUGUCCAUUCACAGGCAACAUUUCUAUCAGAGGACGCAUUCUCACUGGUGUUGUACAGAAGAUGAAAAUGCAAAGGACUAUUGUCAUACGUAGGGAUUAUCUGCAUUAUAUCAGAAAGUACAACCGUUUUGAGAAACGGCAUCGCAACAUGAGUGUCCAUCUUAGUCCUUGCUUCAGAGACGUGGAAAUCGGAGAUGUAGUCACAAUUGGAGAAUGCAGACCCCUCAGUAAAACAGUCAGAUUUAAUGUUCUGAAGGUAUCCAAGGGAACUGGAUCGAAGAAGAGUUUUAAGAAGUUCUAAGAUUGUAGAAAAUAUAAUCAAGGAAAUCUUGGAAUGGUUGCAAAUUGGCAAAGCAAAGGAACAUCAGGAUGGUAAAAGUUGCAAGAGACAUCAAUUAACAUUUUGAUUUUUGUAACUCUUUACUUAUAAAAAUAAAGAAAAGAACAGAAAAUAUUUGUACGAAAA